UGUCAGACUGAAACUAUGGGAAGAGAAUUCAUCACCUCCUACAUGGACGACUGUGGGAACUCUAGUCAAUUUGAAGUGCAAAUUACUGGCUACUUUGUCUUCACUUCAGUGUCUGUUUCCAUCUCCAAUUACUCAUUUGAUAAGAAGAUUAUGGUAAAUCGGGGAGAGAUGGUGCGGGUCAGCCUACCAGAGUCAGUGGGAAUUAAGGGUGUUAUCAAGUUCUCCAAGGUGGUCCUAGUCAAGGCUGACAAAGAUAUCUCAGUAGUGUCUGUCAGCAACAAAGAUGUGAAUUCUGAGACCACUGUGCUGUAUCCUGUCUCCAGCUUGGGAAAUGAACACUACAUAGUUACUCCCCCUACAGAAUCCUUAGAUAGUUACCCAGAGUUCUCUGUUAUGACAUACCAAGACCGCAACCUUGUGACGGUCCAUGUGGAAGGCAAGUUACGUUAUGAAACAGAGGUCUACUCCACUGGUGACACACUGAACAUUACACUCCUUCCUUUCCAAGGCUACCAGUUACAAGGCAUAGCAAAUGUGUCUGGCACCAGGAUUGUCUCAAAAAAGCCAGUGGCUGUCUUGGUUGGCCAGGUGUGUUUCUGUACUAGCACAAAAUGCAACCAUGUCUUUGAGCAGCUCCUACCAGUUUGCAGCUGGGGUACAACAUACAUCAUUCCUCCCUUACCAUGGCAGAAAGUAGAUGAAGUAGUCUACAUCACUGCUUCCCAGAACACAACUGUGUUGUAUCAACUAGGGGAACAGCAAGAGACUGUUACUCUAGCAGGAGGCAGUGUACUCCAGCGUCCUGUCAAGCCCUGGAUCCCAGUCUACAUCUCUGCUAAUGUGGGCAUCCAGGUGGUGUUCUACAGCGUGGGUGCACCUCUCCCUAAUUCCUCCCACGCCUUCCUGAUGAAUGUUCCAGAUGUUGCCAGUUACUGCUGGAUGUAUUCUAUAAAUGCCCAGGAGGGCUUCGAGAACUUUGCCUUGAUGGUGGCCAAUACAGCAGAGACUGGCGCCAUCAUCCUAGACAAUCAGCCUGUAAGGGAUGUGGUGUGGAACCGAGUCGCUGGCACUGAGUUCGUUUGGAGCCUGCAUAUCCUUGCACCUGCCAUCAGAUCCCAUGCUGUGGAACAUCCCAGCUCUCCAUUUGCGCUCCUGAGUGUUGGCACUGCCGCCAUGGACAGCUAUGGGAUUCCGGGUUCCUGCAGGAAGAAUGUUACCUUUAAAUGCCAGACUGAGACUCCACAGAUACAAGAGCAGCUGGAGAUGUGCAAAGUUGUCUUUCUGCAGGGCAGCACCAGUGAAUUUUGCUCCUUCGUGAAUUCAACCUUAGUGAAUUUGGAGACCAUGUGUGCCCAGGACAGAGCAGUAUCGCUGCAGGAAGUUGCUGGCCCCUUUGGUUCCUUCCUGAAUAGCUCCACCCUCAGUGCUGGUGGGAACGAGAGCAAGAGGGAGGUGGCCUCUGCCGUGACGUUCCUCCUGCAGAGUGUGGAAUUGGCUGCACUGACGGCUGCUUUGAAGUCUCCGGAGAUGAAGAAACAGAAUGUAACAACAGAGUCUAUGGCUAUCGAGACGCUCCUCGUUGUCCCGGCUGCAGGUCCCUGUGAUGAGGUCUUCAGGCUGAGCGCUCAGGAGGAGACAAUGGACAUUCACUGCGAUACGGUCACCAGAGCAGCAACAGAAGAUUCUUGGGCUGUUGCUUUUAUUUCUUACUCCACACUGGACUCCAUCAUUGACAAGAGAUUUCUCAACGAGGGAGAUCUAAUGGCUGCUGAGAAAUUGAGGAGUUUUCACCUGAAUUCCAGGGUGGUGAGUGGGGCUAUUGGAGAUGGGAGGCCCAUGAAUAUCUCCAAACCUGUGAACUUCACUCUGCGCCAUAGACAGGCAAAGAAAGAGGAGGAAGAGACUCGCUGCGUUCAUUGGAAAUUCAGAGCUGGGAAUGGCACCUGGGCUGAGGAUGGCUGCACUGUUCUCCACACGAACAGCACUCACACCAUCUGCAGCUGUGACCAUCUCUCCAGCUUCACUGUCCUUAUGGGUCACAACAGAAUUAAAGGGAGAAAACACCUGCUGGGUUUAGAUGAUACCUUUAAAUCCCUGAAUGAGACUCUACAGAUAAAAGGGCAGUCAGAGAUGUGCAAAGGUGUCUGUCUGCAGGGCAGCAACAGUGACUUUUGGUCCUUCAUGAAUUCAACCUUAGUGAAAUUGAAGACCAUGUGUGCCCAGGACAGAGCAGAACCGCUGCAGGAAGUUGCUGGCCCCUUUGGUUCCUUCCUGAAUAGCUCCACCCUCAGUGCUGGUAGGAAUGAGAGCAAGAAGGAGGUGGCCUUAGCCGUGACGGUCCUCCUGCAGAGUGUGGAAUUGGCUGCAUUGAUUGCUGCUUUGAAGUCUCCGGAGAUGAAGAAACAGAAUUUGACAACAGACUCUAUGGCUAUCGAGACACUCCUCGUCCCGGCUGCAGUUCCCUGUGAGAAGAACUUCACGCUGAGAGCUCAGGAGGAGACAAUGGACAUUCACUGCAAUACAGUCACCAGAGCAGCCACAAACGGUUCCUGGGCUGUUGUUUUUAUUUCUUACUCCACCCUGGACUCCAUCAUUGACAAGAGAUUUCUCAUCGAGGGAGAUCUAAUGGCUGAUGAGAAAUUGAGGAAUUGUCACCUGAAUUCCAAGGUGGUGAGUGGGGCUGUCGGAGCUGGGAGGCUCAUGAACCUCUCCAAACCUGUGAACUUCACCCUACGCCAUAGAGAGGCAAAGAAAAAGGAGGAAGUGGUUCGCUGUGUUUACUGGAAAUUCAUUGCUGGGAAUGGCACCUGGGCUAAGGAUGGCUGCACCGUUCUCUACACGAACAGCACUCACACCAACUGCAGCUGUAACCAUCUCACCAGCUUCGCACUCCUUAUGGGUCUCACCAAAGUGGAGGACAGUGGCCCUCUGACCAUCAUCACCUAUGUGGGACUGACCUUCUCCCUGCUGUGCCUCCUCCUCGCCAUCCUCACCUUCCUCCUGUGCCGCUCCAUCCGCAACGUCAGCACCUCCAUCCACCUGCAGCUCUGCCUCUGCCUCUUCCUGGCCUACCUGCUCUUCCUCACUGCAGUGAAGUGCACCAGCAUUCGGGUGGUGUGUGCUGUCAUUGCUGGCUUCCUACACUACCUCUUCCUGGCCUGCUUCACCUGGAUGUUCCUGGAGGGGCUGCACCUCUUCCUCACCGUCAGGAACCUGAAGGUCGUGAAUUACACCAGCGCUAGCCGGUUCAAGAAGAGAUUCAUGUACCCGUUUGGCUACGGAUUCCCAGCCCUGGUGGUGGCUAUUUCGGCAGCGUUGAAGCCUGAAGGCUACGGAACUAACGAAUACUGCUGGCUCAACCCGGAGAAACACAUUCAUUGGAGCUUCCUGGGACCAGUCUGUGCCAUAAUCCUGAUAAAUUUAACAUUUUUUCUUGUAACCCUCUGGAUCCUGAGAGACAAACUCUCCUCCCUUAAUGAAGAUGUGUCCACUCUCAAAGACACCAGACUACUGACUUUUAAAGCUAUCGCCCAGCUAUUCAUUCUGGGCUGCACAUGGAGUCUUGGUCUCUUCCAAGUCAACUCAGCAAAAAUGGUCAUGGCGUAUUUAUUCACCAUUGUCAACAGCCUGCAGGGAGCCUUCAUCUUCCUGGUGCACUGUCUCCUCAAUCGCCAGGUGAGAGAGGAGUACAGGAGAUGGAUUAAAAGCACAAGAAAACCCAGCCCCACAACUCAAACGUUUAGUCCGUCCGGGUCCACUGUCACUAUCAGCACCAAGAUGGCUCCAUACAUCACUCACUCUGGAAUGCACUCGGAAGGUGUUGGCUUUGACACAAAUUCAGGAGAUGACUGCUUGCCCAUUCCAAAGUUUGCAGCUUCUGGUCUUCUGCGCUACCCAUACCAUGUGUUUUUGUGA